UUCACGCACGAGAGACUAAUACUUUCAACGUUUAAUCCAAAAGUCGUGCGUAAAAUUGUUUACUCCAAGCAACUCAUCUACAUCAUGGAGAUGAAAAGAAAUCACUUUGAAGAGCUUGAGGAGACGAUGGUAUUGAGUCAGACUCAGGAUACGGGAUAUGCGUUGGAACUUGAAGUUACAGUAGCAGAGUCCGAGUCGCAGUCGUUUUCAAACUCCGAAGCGCGAAUUGAAGUGAGCAUGGUUGCGGAGGAGGAGAAAGAGAGGAAAGAAGAAGAAGAAGGAGAAGAAGUGAAAACAACAACAACAACGGCGCACUCCGAUGUGAAUGGGUCAAAAGACAGUAAGGAGCCGGAAAAAGACGAGAGGAUGGACAAAGUGGAGGGAAAAGUCGAGAAAGCAUCGACGACUGUUCAAGAAGAGACAAGGAAACGCGGCGCCGAGGAGGAUGUCGAGCCUGUGCUUGAGAGAAUACCCUCGGGCGAGCCGAGUUGCGGCUCCGAUCUCAUUCGUAUCAACAAGGACCAAUUUAAAAUUGGCCGAAGAACAGACAACGAUGAGGUGAUUGUCAGUGUUCUUAUAUCGAGAAACCACUGUAUUUUGCAACGAAAUAAGGAUACUGGAGACUGGUCAGUGACCAACUUGAGUUCGACAGAUACUUUGCUUAAUGGAAGGCACAUUGAAAGAAAUAAAACCGAGCCAAUCAAGCAUGGGGAUACCUUGCAAUUGAGUUUGGCAGAAGUUUUCAAGUAUAAGUUUUUGUUGGUCAAUAAAGAGUUAGAAGCUGCCAAGUGUCCAAGACUGGAAGACAGUGGUAACGAUUUAGGAGGUGUAUUAGAUAGGCAAAGAUCUUUUGUUGAGUUACAGAAAAGUGAAAGAAAAGAUCUGGAAAAACAGCUCACCGACAAACAGCAAGAACAAGAGCAGUUAAAACAAGAGUUGAAUAAAUUAUUAGAUGACCAAAAAGUCACGAAAGAAUGCAACGAAGAACUCAACAACCAGAUAAUCGAGUUGCAAAAAAAAAUCGAAGUUGGUAAUGCAACGGAAAUGGGAUUACAGCAAAAGUAUCGGGAACUUUUGGGAAAGUUGGAAGAAGAGAGACUCAAGUUUGAGGAAAAAUUGGCUGCCGAGAAGGUAAGGUGGCAAGAGGCACUGAAAGAAUCCAAGCAAGAGAAAGAAAAAUUGGAAUUGACUCAUGCCAAUCAAAUGGAAGAAAUGAAAGAACAGUUGGUUAAGAAGCAACAAGAAGAGUGGCAAAAAAAAGUUGACAAUUUGUUGCAAGAGGAAAAGAAUGUUCAAACGAAAUUACAAAGUGAAAAACAGUUGUUGGAGCAAAGGCUCAAGGAAAUGGAAGAAGAUAUAAAAAAGAAGGAUCAUGCUGCUAAAGUGCAACAACAAAUGCAACAAAAUUUACAACAAAUACAGCAACAACGGCAUGCUCACAUACAAGUACAGUUUCAACAACAAUUACGACAGCAGCAUCAAUUACCACAACCACAACAAAAAGCAAUCAACUUGGCACCCAUUAAUAUGGGAAAAUGUAUUUUGGUAGAAGUAAAACGCGACAACACUCUAAGAAAAUUACCAGUACUAGAAACAAUCGAUCUUACUAAAACACCUGAUACUCCAGGCACAAGUUCAAAUUUAAGAAAGAAUAGCCAGGGUAAAGAAGUGAUUGACAAAGUUAGCAAUAUAAUGGACGAACAAUUGACUUGUAGCAUAUGUACCGAACUCUUCAUUCGAGCCGUGACUUUAAGUAACUGUAUGCAUACGUUUUGCCAGCAUUGUAUAGAAGUAUGGAGCAAGAGAAGAAGAGAAUGUCCCAAUUGCAGGGCAGCUAUAGUAUCCAUGACGCGAUCACUUGUUGUGGAUAAUUUCAUUGAGAAAAUGAUUGAAAGCUUAACGCCCGAGCAAAUGCAAAAAAGGAAGCAGCUUAUCGAAGAGAGGCAAAGGCUGCCUGCAUCAAAAGAAAUUCAAAGAAAAGUUGGUCGGAGAAGAUAGAGUAGAAAAUAAUUUUACAAGAUCUGUUGUACAAAAAUAGCUUUUUAAGUUAUUAACGCUUUUUUUCAAAAUGAAUAGAGUCAAAUAGUGAGAGAAAUUAAGAAAUUUAUUAAGUCUUUGUCUUUGUUAAUACCUCUAGUUUAUCAUAUCAAAUUAUUUCACAAAUAAUUUAAAGUUUUUCUUCACUUUUUCGCUGUUAAUUAAAUGUAUGUAUU